AUGAAGAAGGUCAACACUAAGAUAACUCCAAACCAUGACCUUCAGAGACUCAAAACCCCAGCAAUAGAGAAAGCAGCAGCAAUAAAGCUCAAGGACAACAUUCAACCAGAUGAAAACAGCAACGUCGAUAUGGAACUCAACAAAUUAAAGCAAGCAGUAGAAACACUAAAGAAAGAAAUAUUGAAACCGGACAAAAUAAAGGGAAAAUCUUGGAUGACGACAGAAAUAUUAAACUUGAUGGAAGAAUGA